GCUGAUGGUCUUCAGGAGACAACAACAGAAACCACUUAUCAGCAAACAGUGAGCACCGGGGCUGGCGGGGGGAUAAGAGGGCCUUCCUAUGGGCGCGACAUGGGGAACGGUUCCAUCAAAGGCCCAAGAAUGGAGGAGAGCUGCCUGGCCUCAGCUGCCAAGGAGCCCCCUCUUCCUCUGGAGCUUGUGGAGAGUCUAAAGGAUAGGAUCAGGGGGCUGGAGGAGGAGUUGAGGCUGAGGGAUGAGCGUCUGGGAGCACUGGAGAAGGAGCUCCAAUCCAAGGUGUCUCAGAUUGACAAGCUGCAGGACGCACUGGGGUACAACAGCCUGACCCUGUCCUCACCCCAGGUGAGCCCGAGCCAGAGGCUGCUCAGUGUCAUCAAUGAGGGGCCCAAGAGAUUCCAGCAGGUGGCAGCGGAGGUCCACCGGCGCCUCAAAGCCAAGGAAGGGGUCUCGGCUGAGCCCACCUCCCGGAACUACUACAGCCACAACCUUCAGCAAUUCUCCUUCGAGCGAGCGCGGGUGUGCAAGGACUCCAGCACUAAGAAGCUGAUCAAUGAGGCCAUCACGAACAACGACUUCUUGAAGAAGCUGGAUCCCCAGCACACCAGGGACAUGGUGGAGUGCAUGUAUGAGAAGACUUACCUGGAGGGACAGCUGGUCAUCCAGGAAGGAGAGCCAGGGAACCAUCUCUAUGUUCUAGCAGAAGGGUUGCUAGAGGUCAUACAGAACAAUAAGCUUCUUGGUCAGAUGCAUGCUGGGACAGCCUUUGGUGAGCUGGCAGUACUGUACAACUGCAAGAGGACAGCAACCGUAAAAGCGGUGACCCACACCAGGAUCUGGGUUCUGGACCGGCAGAUCUCUCAGAACAUCAUGAUGAGGACCGCCCAGGCACGGCACGAGGAGUACUUCAGCUUCCUGCGCAGUGUUUCUUUGUUGAGAGAUUUGCCUGAAGAGAAGCUUGCAAAGAUCAUUGAUUGUCUGGAAGUGGACUAUUAUGACAAAGGAGAAUAUAUCAUACGAGAGGGAGAAGAGGGAAACACCUUUUUCAUCAUAGCCGUAGGAGAGGUCAGUGUGACGCAGACAAUGGAGGGCAGUCUAGAUCCCCAGGAAAUUAAAACUCUAGGUGUGGGGGACUACUUCGGGGAGAAAGCAUUGAUAAGUGAGGAUGUUCGUUCAGCUAACAUCAUUGCAAAUGAGAACGAUACACAGUGCCUUGUUGUUGACAGAGACACCUUCAACCAGAUGGUGGGGACGUAUGAAGAGCUGCAGACCUACCUGAAGGAGUACGUGGAGCAGCUGUCACGCAGUGAUGAGGAGAGGAAUGCUGUGAGGGCUUCCAACACCACUCCUCCCCCCUCAAGCAUGUCAGGCAGACUUGAUGUCGCCAGGCUGAGGGAGAAGAUCAGCCCCUUUGCCACGGACACUCCCUUCCAGCACCUGGAGAUCAUCGCCACACUGGGCAUGGGAGGCUUUGGCCGCGUGGAGCUGGUGAAGCUGAGAGAUGAAGACACAGCCUUUGCACUGAAGUGCAUCAAAAAGAAGCACAUCGUGGACUCGCGGCAGCAGGAGCACAUCUACUCUGAGAAGAACAUCCUGCAGCAGAGUAGCUCCCCGUUCAUCAUCAAGAUGUUCCGGACUUUUCGGGACAACAAGUACGUGUACAUGCUGCUGGAGGCGUGUCUCGGAGGAGAGCUAUGGAGUAUCUUGAGGGACAUGUGUUUCUUUGAGGAGCCGUCGGCCCGCUUUUGUAUUGGCUGUGUUCUCGAAGCUUUCAGUUAUCUGCACGGGAGAGGAAUUGUCUAUCGGGAUUUAAAGCCAGAGAACCUGCUGCUGGACAAGGAUGGCUAUGUGAAAAUGGUAGAUUUUGGGUUUGCGAAGAGAAUUGGUCUUGGGAAGAAGACUUGGACUUUCUGUGGCACCCCAGAGUAUGUGGCCCCAGAGAUCAUCAUGAACAAGGGCCACGACUUCGGAGCCGAUUACUGGUCCCUGGGAAUCCUGAUCUUCGAGCUCCUCACGGGAAGUCCUCCAUUUUCAGGAUCAGACCCCAUUAAAAUCUAUAGCACAGUGCUGAGAGGGAUGGAGAAGGUGGACUUCCCCAAGCGCAUUGGGAAGCGUCCGGAGGAUCUCAUCAGGAGACUGUGCAAACUUAAUCCUGCAGAGCGAAUCGGAAACAAGAAGAAUGGGAUCAAUGAUAUACGGAAGCACAAGUGGUUUCAGGGCUUUAACUGGGAAGGAUUAAGAAGCAGAAAACUGUCUUCUCCACUGAGGAGGGAGCUGCAUGGGCCGCUGGAUCACAGCAACUUCGACAUCUUCCCUCCUGAGCUGGAUGAGCCGGUCGAUGAGCUUUCCGGCUGGGACCGAGAUUUCUGAGGAGGUUGACGCUCCACAGAAAUUUCUGUGGAGGCGUGGCCAGGCUGGAACUCCACUGAGAUUUCUGUGAAGGCAGGACCAGUCUGGAACUCCACUGAGAUUUCUGUGGAGGUGGGGCAAGGCUGGAUUUCCACAGAGAUUUCUGAGGAGGUGAGGCCAAGCUGGAGUUCCACAGAGAUUUCUGAGGAGACAGGCCCAGGCUGGAGCUCCAGCAGCUUGCAAUGAAAUCUCCUCUCAGACAAGGUAGCAGGAGGGGGAACAUCACACUUGAGAGCGGGGUCCUGGAAGACAGCAGUCCAAUGCAGGAUGGUUAGUGGAUAAAUAACAUCAGCCAGGGGAACAGCUGCAGCAGCUUUGUUACUUGUAUUUGAGUGUACAGGAUAUAUCAGGUUUCUGUUAUAUUAUAUCAGUGCUUCAUUUCUUCACACACUGGAAAAGUUUCAACUUCCAGCGCUUAUCUCUCACGUUACAGGGUUGAAGCACUCUCUCCUUCUGCACAUGCUCACUGCCAGACUGCAUAUGCAAAAGGGUGGCGCUGAAACACAUAAACACUCUUAAAGGGUCUGCAUCCUGCUACUGCAGAAUAAUUACAAGCUAACAGUACAUCCAGAAUUGAGGGCCUGGAGGCUGGAGUCAGAGACAGAGACACUGACGAGCGAGAAGGAAACCUGGACCAGAACUCGGAACAGUCUCCCAUCCAUAUACCACAAAGGCCAGACUUGAAAAAACAGGACAACUGUGGCCUUUUUUUCUAUUUUUUAUAUGAGUGGCCUUUAUACUGGACAAUAAUGCAGUCUUUUAAAAACAGGAGCUUCACAACUCUGCAGUAACCAUACUGUUCCAAAUCACAUCUACCUCUUAGCACAGUUAACUGAGUUAAUAAAUUGCUGAGCUCCUGAUGUUUUCUAGAGACUGUGUUUACUGCGGAUAACGAGGAUAACAUUGGGAUGGCUGGUGACAGCUUCUGUUCUAUUCUUUGCUCUUUGAGAGUGACAGUUUCUUACCUGUUCAGCACCUAUGUAAUUUACAACAAGUAUUAUAAAAUAUCACAUCCUUUCUAAGAUUGCUCCGAAGUAGAUUAUGUCACGAUACACUGCAGGUUGUUUUUAUUUUAGUAGUGUAUGAAAUGUAACUAGUCCUCUACUAUGGUGACCAUGCAGACCACAGUAGGACAGCAAAGCAAACAGCAAACAUUUCUAUUAUUAUUCAAGUAUCUGAGGAUGAAAAGCAAAUGAAAAAGCUAGAUCAAUUUAUCUAUCAAAUCUUAUUGAUAAAAACAGGAAUAACCCAAGAUUUCUGUUUGCGCCAAUAGUAAAAUGAACAACUCCUCAAUCGGAAUGUGUUAUACAGAAUACUCUCUCAGUAAGCUGUGACGAAUUUAUGAAUUACUUAAACAAAAAAGUGACUGAGAUUAGAAUCCUAUUUCUAUCAUACUUUUAAAAGAGAUAUAUCCAAAAAUAAAUACCACUGUUUUAAAUAUUAUUGACAGUUCUGUUUUAUCGAGCAUUGUGCCAGACUCUUUAAGACUGCAGUAGCAGAACCUCUUCUUAAGAAGCCCACCCUUGAUCCCACUGCUCCUAAUAAUUACAGACCUAUUUCCAACCUCCG